GUACAUGAUCACCGCGCGCAAAGGAGCUAGGCUGAGAUUGAGGUGCAGGGAGAGAAGUGAGGCCUCUUUUGCUAUCACAUGGCUACCAAAAUGGCAGCAAUGACGCCAUAUUUACGCUGUGGGAGGCUAUGAAUAAAGGCGUUUUUGCUGAAGAAAACAUCGCUAAACCAGCUUUGAAGAGUUAGGAUGAGUUCGUUGUCGACAUGUUAUAGUUGUGGCCAGCCUGGCCACUUCGCAAGAGAAUGUAGCAGUGGUGACCGACGUGGUGGUGGUGGUGGCAGGGGCGGAGGCAGGAGUGGUGGCAAAGACAUGAAGUGUUUCAAGUGCAAUCGAUUUGGCCAUUUUGCUCGAGAAUGUCGGGAUGAAAAAGAGCCACGCUGGUACAACUCUAAUGGAUUUGGCCAGGAAAGAGAGAAGGGCAGUUGUUUCAACUGUGGCAAGAUUGGUCAUUAUAGCCGUGAGUGUGAGGAGGCUACCAAGCCAAAGAAAUGCUACAACUGUGAUAGGGAGGGCCAUUUGGCCAGAAGUUGCCCUAAUAAUGAUGGCCAAAGUUCAAGUGGUGGUGGUGGUGGUGGUCGUGGUCGUGGUGAUGGUUGCUUUAACUGUGGCGGGCGCCACUAUGCCAGGGACUGCACAGAAAAUCAACAACAAUCAUCACGUGGUCGUGGCGGAGAAUGUUACAAAUGUCAUGAGCAUGGACACAUUGCCAGGGACUGUCCCAGCUCCGAUGAUUCGAGUAUGAAGUGCUAUAAGUGCGCUGAAUUAGGGCACAAAGCUCGGGACUGCCCGGAAAAUGAAGCCUAGAAAGAGACACCCACCACGGAACUCACAAACAACACAAGUUGUGACAAUAUCAUGGGACAAUUGUAACAUCUCCUUGUUUAAUUACAGUAUUUGUAGGAGCUGUGUGUGAACCUCCCUUGUUUUUUUUAUGUCUGCAUCAAAUUAUGGUCUACCACUACCCAUUAAACUUUUUUUUGUAAGUGUUAAUUUUUGCUUAGUGUCUGAAUCAUCCUUGGCUAUUGUUGAAAACAUUUCAUUGUCAUUCUUGUACUGGUCUGUUGUUUUGGUAAAGGGGUUGGUAAUAUAAUGAAACUUUGAUGUAUUGUCUUCUAACAAGGGAGGUUGUCAUACAUAUAUAGGUGACAUUGUUAUAUACUGUCCGUUUCUGUUUUGUGAAAAGUUUAUUACUAUUUUGUAUUUGAAUAAGCAUCAUCAACAACAAGUUUUGGUGAUUGUAAACUUUAUUUUUGGUCAUUAUUUCAUUAUGCAUGCUAAACAAACUGCAUUAAGGAUAUUGGAAAAGAAAUAGGUGGAUUUAUGGAUUUACAAAAAAAAAAAAAUUGUGCCAAAUUAAUUUUGGAAUAAAUUCUAAUGUUUUGUUUACUUCAGAAACUUAAUUGCAAAGAAACUGUUUUGCCGAGGUCUUGUGUAUUUUGGGCUUGGUUUGUUGUACUGGGUGUUGACCUCUCCCAAAGCCCAGUUCCAUUCCACAAAGUGUUAGAUGCUUAUUCACUUUUGUACAUAGAUGUUUGUAUUGUGUUUCUGUACUGAACUCCGAGUCGUGGUGAGGUAGGGCACGUUGGUCCAGAUUCAUCGUUUAUCCAUAGUUGCAUUUUGAUUUUAAAGUCUGGUGACUUUUCAACUCUCAUAUCUGUUAAAAAGUAAAUCUGGAAGUUGAGAAGUUCUGUUUGAGCUGGAAAUUGAGGAAAAUUUUCAGUAAAGGCAAAUUCAGGAGUCGAAGUAGAUCAUAUUCUUGUACCAUUCUUCAUGUCUAUUUAGGCUGAUGGACUUGAUGAAUGAGUAUAAAUGGGUUUUUUGUGUGCUUUUUAAAGCAAGGAUCCAAGAAGAGUUGUACUGUGUUCCUUGUUAAACAAUUAUUUAAUACAAUAAAAUCAUGGAUAGGACAUUAAUUAAAGCUGUGAUUUUAACUCCCUUUUAUUCAUUUUUGUUGAAAAAGUUCAGUUGGGAGACAUUGCAGAUUUGUUUGCUUUCAGACAAAUUAAAUGGAAAUAUCUGAAAUACAUAAAAAAUAGUGGGAAUUUAAAAUUCUAAUAUUACAAAGUGUAUUAAAGUAUUACAUUGUAAAAUAAAUUUCUUGACAUAAUGUGAAAUGUCUGUCAAGUAUGAUGAAAUGGAAGUAUUGAAGUUUGGUUGUAGUGCAAUAUCGAGCAACUUAUCCCACACGUAUUGUUCAAAUGUUUUGAUGAAACUGAUGCAGGAUUUUUUAGUCAUGUGCAUCAUUUCAGCUUGUCAAUAAAUGUUCAUGGAAAGGUUCUAGAAAUAAGGUUUGUACAGUAGGUUUGAUAUAUUUGAAUCUAUUGUCUAGGUCAAAGUCAUGCUUGUCAGUUGAAGUUUUUGAUGGAGACAUAUUUUUAUACAUUAUGAGGCAGAUUUAAUUUCACUUGAAUGUGUGAGAUAAAAUUUUAAUACUUUUAAAGAAAUGUUGAAAUAUACAUAUUUCAAAGGAGCCAUACACCAAACAAAAAUUAGUGGUGUAGUUUUUGUUAAAUUGUUCAGUUACUUCAGUUAUUUACUGUCCAAGUAAAGUCGUAUAACCAUUCGCUGUAUGUAACUGUUUUUGGCAGCCAUUGCUCUGUUUGGUGGAAUGGCUUCCGUGCUGGUGGUGUUGAUGGUCGGGAGGAGAUGGUGUCUAAAAAGCAGAGGAUACAAAACUUUUGAGCCCUAGUGUCAAAUUUUUGUGGUGAUUAAACCUAUCUAGUGUGUCUCUACGAGAAAUCCUCGUAUCAUCACUUAUAUACCCCAACUAUUUCAGCUUGGACGUUUAUGUUGGGCCCAGUUUGGUAUCCCCUGCUUUGUCUACAGGAGGUAGGCCUAGUAGGAGGUUGAAGAGGAGGUGGUGUUCACAUUCUCUCUAAGGCAGCUUAUUUUUCAAGUUGGUGGAGUGAGGAGUUUACAUAGUUUAUCAAUUAUAUUAAUAAGAAAAUGUUUGAUCAGCCCAAGCCUGGCUUGUGUUAUGCUUUGUUUUGGAGAUAAUCAAUGUAGAUGAUACUUUACAAUACUGUGGAAAUGUGGACAGAUGUGAAUUUGGAAAAGCAAUGGUGUAUCUGGUGCAUAGUCGUUAUGGCGUGGCCUCUCAUUCGGAGGUGCCAGUCACUGGUAUUUCAAUGUCCUGUAGAUCUGUUGGAUACAAAAGAGAAUCUGCAGGAUUUCACAUCAAAUUUUCUUCACAGUUCUAAAAUAUCACCAAUAUUGAUGCAGUCCACUGCUGCCAAACCUUGGUAGACUGGAUAACUAGCAGUGGGGACUAUUGAAAUAUCAGCAUUAUGUACUUGUCGUCCCAAAAUCAUUCCAAGUUGUUUGGAAGAAGUCGUUUUGUGUUUGAUACGCGACUUUGCUUGUCCAGUCCAAUGUAUUGGAAGCAAUGAACUGAUGAUUAUGAAAAUUUUUCCAAUAAAACUGAUGUACAAGGAGGUAAA